CCUUGUACUUGAUAUUGGGCAAUCAUCUCUGGAAAAAGUCCUCUUUUGUGCCUUGUAUUGAGCAUAUCGUCAUAUUUUACCUUGAAAUUAAUAUUAAAUUUCCCCAAAUAAUUCCACGAUGGAUCAAAGUUAUCUUCAAGAGCCCUUGGCCACCAACGAUCCAGAGCUUUACGAAAUCAUAAAGAAAGAAAAAACGCGUCAAGUGCGAGGUUUAGAGCUGAUUGCUUCAGAAAAUUUCACAAGCAAGGCUGUCCUUGAAGCUAUGGGUUCCUGCAUGCACAAUAAAUAUUCUGAAGGGGAACCUGGUAAACGCUAUUAUGGAGGAAACCAGUUUAUUGAUGAAAUGGAGAUAUUGUGUCAGAAUAGAGCUCUACAGGUUUACGGGCUUGAUCCAGAAAAAUGGGGUGUGAAUGUUCAACCAUACUCUGGUUCUCCAGCAAAUUUUGAAGCAUACACUGCGCUUUUGAACCCACAUGACCGAAUCAUGGGGCUGGAUCUUCCUGACGGAGGUCAUCUCACGCACGGUUUCAUGACAGAUAAGAAGAGGAUUUCUGCCACAUCAAUUUAUUUUGAGUCCAUGCCAUACAAACUGAACCCAGAAACUGGUUAUAUUGACUAUGAAAAACUGGCUGAGAGUGCAAAACUAUUUCGUCCAAAGAUUAUCAUCGCUGGUUACAGUGCUUACCCUCGUGAUUUGGACUACAAAAAGUUCCGAGAAAUCUGCGAUAGCGUCAAUGCUAUCAUGCUUGUUGAUAUGGCCCACUUCAGUGGUCUGGUGGCAGGCGGGGUGAUCACCAGCCCUUUUGAACUUGCCGAUAUUGUCACAACCACAACCCACAAAUCAUUACGUGGUCCAAGAGCCGGGAUGAUAUUCUACCGUAAAGGUAUCAAAGGUUAUUCCAAAACUGGCGAUCCAAUUAAGUAUGAUUAUGGGCCACGCAUCAACAGCGCUGUGUUUCCGGCACUCCAGGGUGGUCCACAUAACCAUGCAAUUGCCGCUCUCUGUGUUGCCCUGAAACAGGCACGCCGGCCUGAUUUUAAGGAGUAUGCACAGCAGAUCAUAGAUAAUUGCAAAGCCAUGGCCAAAGUCCUGAUCUCAAAAGACUACACAUUGGUCUCUGGAGGAACGGAUAACCAUCUUGUGUUGUGGGAUCUACGACCGCUUGGAACAGAUGGUGCAAAAAUGGAGAAAAUACUGGAAGAGAUUUCAAUCACAGUAAACAAGAAUUCUUGUCCUGGUGACAAAAGUGCUCUUCGUCCUGGUGGACUUCGAGUUGGAACACCUGCGCUGACAUCAAGGAAUUUCAAAGCAAAAGAUUUCGAAAAAGUUGCGGAAUAUCUGCACCAAGGAAUUCAACUUGGUCUGGAAAUUGUCAAAGCAAGUGGACCCUCUCUAAAAGAUUUCAUGGCAAGUAUGGCUAAGGAAGAAUUUGCUGGAAGAAUUAAAUCAUUGAGAGAAGAAAUAGAGGAAUACAGUGCAAAAUAUCCCAUGCCAGGCCAUGAACUUAUUUAGGAACUAUGUAUUUAUAAAUU